AUGGUCUUUGCGCGCCGCUCGGUACUCCGCGCUGCUAAUGCAGCUCAGGCCUUUCGCACUCCGGUCGUGAGGCGUAGCGGUCAGGUUCUGGGUAGGAGGUUCAAUUCUACCGGUGGAAAGGGCCAUGAUGAGCACGCGAGUAGUGAUAUUCCAUGGCUCCUUGCGUCCGCUGGUGUUACCCUCCCUAUGAUUUACUACCUCUGGCCUUCUGGUUCUGACAACUCUCAUGGCCAUGAACACGAUGAUGCUCAUGGCGAGCACAAGGAAGAAGCUGGGGAGAAGGUAGAGGAGGCAUCUUCUGACUCUGAUGCUGGAGAGGAGAAAGAUAAAAAACCCAAGGAGGAAGACAAGGAGACACAAGCUACUGAGCAGAAGAAGGACGAUGAGAAGGAAAAGAAGUCUACCGAGCCCAAGGAGUCCAAAGAACAACCCAAGGAAUCUAAGGAGGGAUCUAAAGAAUCCAAGGAUGAGUCCAAGGACGACUCCAAGGGCGACAAGGAAGCUCAGAAGGGCGACUCCAAAGACGACAAGGAAGCUCAGAAGGGCGAUUCCAAAGACGACAAGGAAGCUCAGAAGGGCGAUUCCAAGGACAACAAGGACGCCAAGAAGGACGACUCCAAGGACAACAAGGAAGCCAAGAAGGACGACUCCAAGGACGACUCCAAGGACGACAAGAAGCCUCAGAAAGAAGCCUCCAACGAGAACAAGGAUGAGUCCGCCGCCAAAAAGGAAUCUGACAAGAGCGAAAAGGAAGGAAAGGCCGAGGGAAAGUCGGACAAGUCUGAGUAA